GUCGUUAGAACUCGUCGAAUCUGGAAACCGCAGCUAUGAGCCGUUCGUUGCUACUGAUUUGUGUCCUGGGUUGUCUCGGAGCGACUUACGCCCAAUUCGCGGGCGUCUCAGUAAAAGCCGAUAGCCUGAUUAAGUUGGCAGACAACUUGAAGGAAUUUGGCACUGUUUUGGAUAAAUACAGUGCUACUCUGAAUGGCGCUUGCAAAAGCCUAAUGGAUGAAGUAAACGACCUGUUGGGCCACAUCAACAUUACCUACACGAAAUUAAACGAGAAAUACGGUGCCAGCCAAAGCUACUUGGAGUAUCUGAUGACCAACAUGCAGUACUUCAAUCAAACGGUCUCCUAUGCAGAAUCGUCCCUUGGUAUGGAGAUCAGCUGGGAAUCCAUAGAGACGGCUGAUGUUUUGAAGAAGACUGUUGAUUCUGUCCUAGAAAAGUACGACAAUGUGUUAAGAAGCGGUUACUAUGCCGGAGACAAGGGUGAUGCGUGCAUUAAGCUUAACGCCAAUAAGAUAUCCGCCGUACCAAAUGCAUUGAAGGAACUAACUCAAUGUCUUCAAACAAAAACUAAUACUGUUCAAUUUGCGGCUCCCAGUGCUGUGGCCAUGGUGAAAAAUGUGAAAGAGGACUUCACUGCGCUUACCAACCUACUGGAAAUCUGCGAUCCUAGUUCUACCAGUUGCGUAAAUGAUUACUUUAGCUCGAUCAUUGAGGGGCCUACGAGGACGCAGAUGGAGCUGUACAUGGUGUUCAAUGUUUUGGGAUGGGCCUUUGAUAAUGCCCGCGUCAACAAUUACUACUGUGGCAUUUUGGUGGAUGCUUCCAUUCAGGAUACGAUGACAGAUUUGAGCAACUCUUUGAAUACUUGUAUGGCCUAUUGAGAGUUGCUCCAUAUACGAUGAACGUGAGUAGAGUGAAAAACAUCGAAAAUGGUAUGAUCUUUGUAUUGGUUUUGGUUUCUGGAAAUAAUUAGAAGCAUGGCAAUUCGUUUAAUUAAAA